AUGAAGACUUUCCACAUAGUUUUUUUGCUUGGCCUGCUUGUUUCCCUGCUUGUGGGACUUGCAACCGCUUCUCCUGAAGAUCAGCAGUAUCAAAGAAGAUCCGGGAAUCGUCGGUCAUCAAAGCGCAGUGGUGGUAGUAACCAACAGCGACAACAGCGACAACAACAGCAACAACACAAUCCUUAUGACCAACAGCCUGGUCAGCGCAAGUUUAACCAAAACUGGUCUUCCCUCGACAGAGAAAUCUUUCACUUGAAUGAACAGAUCCGUAAUGAUCCAGAACUCGGCCCUGCUACAAGUUUCUACUCAUGGCUUGACAUUUCAAAAAGAUCAUCGCAAGCUGACAUUGAUAGAGCAUACAAGCAACUGUCACGAAAGAUCCAUCCAGACAAAGUGACAGCUACACGUGAACGUGCUCUCAAGAAAAAGUUAAAGGAGCAAAAAGAAGCUGAAGCAGAAGCUGCUACUGCUACUGCUACUGAUACUGCUACUGCUGCCGCUGAAAACGAUGCACCUGUUACUCCCAAGGUCAAACCACUUUCUGCCUCAGAGCGCAAACAUCUCUACAAGGAUGCUACAGACCGAUUUGCACGGUUAGGUCUUGUUUACAAGAUUCUUUCUGACACUCAUGCUCGUGAACGUUACGACUUUUUCUUGGACCAUGGAUUCCCUAAACUUAAGGGAGCUGAUUACUUUUAUUCCCGAUACCGACCUGGUACUGUAUUUGUUUUCGUUUUUAUUUUCCUGUUGGUUUCUGCUGGCCAGUAUGUGUCCAAGAAAAUCACCGUUUCACGUCAUCGCCGCUACAUGUUAUCUGUUAUUGAUGAAGCUAAGGCUUUGGCCUGGCCUUCUGGAAUUCCUGCAGGUAAUACUCGUGGUGUUGUUCUUGAUAAUGGCAAGGAGUUUCAUGUUCAUCCUGAUGGCCAGGUUUACCUUUUGGAUACUAAGGACUCACGUAAAAAGUAUUUGUUGGACCCUACUGAGAUUGUGGACCCAGUGUGGAGUGAAACCAUCAUUUAUACGGUCCCCAUUAAGCUUUAUAAGAUGAUUAACAAAAACUAUGGUGGGCGCAAGGUUGGUCGCAAAGAAGAAGAUGUUCCUAAGAAUAACAGCCAAUCCCAAGAAAGUGAAAAGGAGGAUGAAAGUGAUUCAUCUGUUGAGAAAAAGAUUAAUGGGGCAAAACAAGCCAACAAGAUGGGAGGAAGACGCCGUAAAUAG